AUGUCGCGGGUGAUGAUGAAGCACGGCCCUCUUUUGGGGCAGAUCUACGUGCAGGUGUCAUAUGCGGCCAUGUUUCUCCUCUCUCGCGUGGUGCUCCAACAGGGCAUGAACCAGCACCUCUACGUCUUCUUCCGGCAGUGCGUCGCGAGCCUCACCAUCACCCUCUUCGUCUUCUUCCUCGAGAGGUAAGCAAUUCGAGCUUUGGGCCAUCUUUGUGAGACGUGUAACUGAUAGGUUUCUCCGCAGCGGCCGGAGGGCGAAGCCUUCCUUGAGAGAUGUGGGGAAGAUCUCGGUGCUAGCGUUAUUCGGGUCAGUCUCUGUUACCCUGGUCUUUCUUCAUGUCUUUCUCCCUCCCUGGAGUGAUGAUCGGAGGCUCUCCGUGGCGUGUGGCAGGAUCACGAUCGGUCAGAAUCUUUACUCCACUGGGCUUUCCCUCACAUCCACCACCUUCGCCACCUCCAUGAACAACAUCAACCCUGCGACCACCUUCUUGAUGGCCUUGGCUUUCAGGUAAGACGCGGCUAUCUAUUUCAUUGCCUCUCUCUCUCUCUCUACCCUCACAACCCGACCUUGGAGAGGAUGUGCCAUUCCGCAGGAUGGAGAAGCUAGAACUGUGGAGUUGGAGAGCACAGGCCAAGAUCUGGGGAACUAUCCUAUGCGUGGGAGGAGCAACGAUAAUGACCGUGUUCAAGGGGCCAGUUGUUUUCGGAUCUCAGAGCCCGCUGACAGAGGGACUCUCUGGGUCAUCUGACAGCGACUGGAUCUUAGGUGCUCUCCUGCUUGCGGGAAGUGCCUGGAGCUGGUCUGUGUGCUUGAUCUACCAGGUAAGCCUCUCUCUCUCUCUCUCUCUCUCUCUCUCUCUCUCUCUCGCCACACAAGCAUGGUGGAAAAUAUGGACAGAUAAGGUCGCCAGCCUGAUCUCGCCGGCAAGUGUUGACAGAUAUCAUCUGUCGCAGGCGUGGUUCACUCUGGAUUGCCCCUCCCAGUUAACCUCAACAGCCGUGAUGUGUUGGAUGGCUACGCUCCAGUCGGGCCUGGUGGCACUCCUGCUCGUGCAGACGCCCGGCGCCUGGAGGCUGAGCUGGGACCUGCAACUUCUCACCAUCACCUACAGUGUAACUCUCUAAACUCUCCCGUUUCUCUCACUCCACCGCCCCACGACGGAGCUCAAAGCCUAAAAAAUAUUCCCCCAAGGGAGAGAGAGAGUGUACUAUACAAUUAGACAGGGUGCUCAGUUGGCGUGUACUGGUUGCCAGGGGAUAUUCUGCUCGGCGAUCGGGCUAUUUGUAAUGAUGUGGUGCGUGAAGAUGAAAGGUCCACUCUUCGUCAGUGUCUUCAGCCCUCUGUCCACCGUGAUCGUGGCCGCCCUCGAGCCCCUUCUCCUCCACGAGCCGCUCAGCUGGGGAAGGUAUGCCAGAAGGCCACCCGGAGCUUUCCCGUAAUGCCUUCGCGUCUAAGAAACAUCUCUUCCUGCCUUCUCGGUGCUUCCAGCCUGACGGGGAUGAUCCUGGUCAUUGGGGGGCUUUACUGUGUCCUGUGGGGCAAGGCGUCGGAGAAAGAGCCGGCCGGAGUCGAAGAGGUCGUCGCCGGUGGCGGAACGGAAGCCAGCGCCGCAGAGCCUUUGCUGCACAAUGGCGGAGAAGAGCGAAUCAAGGUCUAA